GCUCGAGGCCACCACUCGCUUCGCCCUCCGCAGACUCUUUCCACUGCUGCUGCUGCCGCCUGCCCCCACCAUGGGUAGACAGAAGGAGCUGGUGUCCCGCUGCGGGGAGAUGCUGCACAUCCGUUAUCGGCUGCUGCGCCAGGCGCUGGCGGAAUGCCUGGGGACCCUCAUCCUCGUGAUGUUCGGCUGUGGCUCUGUCGCCCAGGUUGUGCUCAGCAGGGGCACCCACGGUGGCUUCCUCACCAUCAACCUGGCCUUCGGCUUUGCUGUCACACUGGGUAUCCUGGUUGCUGGUCAGGUCUCUGGGGCCCACCUGAACCCUGCCGUGACCUUUGCCAUGUGCUUCCUGGCACGUGAGCCCUGGAUCAAACUGCCCAUCUAUACCCUGGCACAGACGCUUGGAGCCUUCCUGGGUGCUGGCAUCGUUUUUGGGCUAUAUUAUGAUGCAAUCCUGAGCUUUGCCAACAACGAAUUUGUCGUAUCUGGCCCCAACGGCACAGCAGGCAUCUUUGCUACCUACCCCUCUGGACACUUGGACAUGGUCAAUGGCUUCUUCGACCAGUUUAUAGGCACAGCUUCCCUCAUUGUGUGCGUAUUGGCCAUCGUGGACCCCUACAACAACCCAGUGCCCCGUGGCCUGGAGGCCUUCACUGUAGGCCUGGUGGUCCUGGUCAUCGGCACGUCCAUGGGCUUCAACUCUGGCUAUGCUGUCAACCCUGCUCGGGACUUUGGCCCCCGUCUUUUCACAGCCAUUGCAGGUUGGGGCUCGGAGGUCUUCACGACCGGCCGGCACUGGUGGUGGGUGCCCAUCGUCUCGCCCCUGCUGGGCUCCAUCGCGGGCGUCUUCGUGUACCAGCUCAUGAUCGGCUGCCACCUGGAGCAGCCGCCACCCCCGUCCACCGAGGCGGAGAAUGUGAAGCUGGCCCACGUGAAGCACAAGGAGCAGAUCUGAGAGCACAGCACCCCCAGCCCCUCCCUGGAGCAUCCACGGACUGUGCAGGGGCCACUCCCUGGGAGCCACCUCCCUGAGCCUGCCCGGACCACCAAGCCCCCCCUCUCCUUUCACCCUGUUGAACUGUCCCUUUAGGGUAUCCCUGGCACCCUGCCCAGAAAGGACCGCAGCUGUGGUGGGAUGGGGAGGAGGGACAAUACAUCCUUGUUUCAUGGAGGAGAGAACAAACAGCAGGGGUGCGCGCGUGUGUGUAUGUGUGUGUGUGUGUAUGUGUGUGUGUGUGUGGUUUCCCAGGUAUUCAGGACAAGGGACGGAGUGGGAAAAGCUUUGCACUGUUGAGGGGGCGCCCAGAGAAAGACAGGGUCUUAGGAAACGGGGAGCCUGGGAACAGGUGUCUCAGGAGCCCCUUGGGGCGGUGUGCAGAGGG